CCAACACGUGGACAGACAUGGGAGCCGCUCACAGACGUUCAGGUGACAAUCGCAGAAUCACCAUCAUCGUCAUCAUCGCCACCAUCGUCCAAGAAUCUGCUCCGUUCCGAAAGCGCGAGAGGAUCACUCUCCAGUCCCCAACUCGCGCCUCGUAGCCAUCAGUGGCCGAGAGUGGGACUGAUCUCGUGGCGAUGCAGCCCACUUCGACUUCUGCGUGCGGCCUCGCGUUUUCGACCUCCUCCCUCUUUGCACCCUCGGUUUUGCAACCCAGGUGCUUUCCACGCAUUUCGAAUGCCGGACAUGGUGUUUGCUCUUCCUCCGCCCCAAAGAAGUUGAGGAGUGUUGUCUGCAAGAGUAAUGAUGAGAAGAGGACGCCUCCGACUGCGGAGGCCAGUCCGCUUGUAAAACUAGCGUGGUAUGGAUCCGAAGCUUUUGGAAAUGCAGUUGCCACGUUCCGACCGAAGUCCGGUGAGGAUCAGGCUGACGAUGACGGAGAGCUAAAAUUCGACGGCCCUGUGAGUAGAGAAGACGCAGUGGACCUCAUCAAGAAGGACUUUGAUCGAUCUUACUUUGUUACUGGUAAUAUGGCGACAGGAAUUUAUGAGAAUGAUUGUGAGUUUGCGGACCCGUUUGUGUCGUUCAAAGGACUAAAGCGCUUCAGGCAAAACGUCGGGAAUCUCGGGUCCUUCAUGGAAGAGUCCAGUCUAAAGCUCACUGAAUGGCAAGAGUACGAGGAUCGAAUAUACGCGCGGUGGCGCUUCAAUUGCGUAUUGUCUCUGCCCUGGAGACCCAUCCUUGCUGCCACAGGCAGCACGGAGUACUUCUUUAACAAGGAUUCAGGGAAAAUAUAUAAACACGUUGAGUCGUGGGACAUCUCACCUGCAGACGGUGUUCGACAGCUUUUCAAGCCCAAUCCUCGACCCAGAAAAUAGGAGGAUUUAUACUCGUAAUCUUGAUCAGUCUCCUAUUUCGUAUACUACUAUGUUCUCUAAGACCUUGGUCUUAUAGUAUAUCGGCUCUAGGAAUGAGCACAUGAUGAAUCAGUCAGAUCAUCAACUGUAAAUUGUUACAUUGAAAAUGGUUCCGCAUGUAAUAUAACUUUUGAGAUGCUACCAUGACUGUCUGACAUUUUCGUGGAAUAAAGUUCAGAUACUAUUGAUCUUCAAAGUACA